GCAUAGCAGAGCAGACAACAUGUGCGAGGUGCAAUGGCAUGAUUCUUCAUGUCUACCAAUCAGAUGCUACAACACAGCUGUACACACCAUCUGUAUAAAUAUGCGGCAGCGCAACGGUGGUUACAUCAAACAAGAAGCUCCUCUUCUCAUCAACCACAAGACAGCGAUAAGCUUCACGCUCAAAUAUGGCUUUCCACCAAAGAUCGAUAAGUUUGCCUUCUAGGCCUCACGUCAGUGAGACCGAAGUCGAGCAAGAGAUCCACCGCCUAGAAGCAAGCAUCUCUUCGUCCCAUUCUAUCAGCACGAUGGGCGAUGGUCUCUGGAGUCUUGCAAACAUCUACGAUGGUCUCGAAGAGAUUAUUUGCCUACCAAGCAAGCAAGCUUGCUCCUCCCAGCAGAUAAACAUGUUGGAUGGAGAGAUGGAGUGCUCCAUUGAGCUCUUAGAUCUCUGCAACACCAUACAAGAGACCUUCGCCGAGAUGAUGGUCGUCAUCCAAGAGCUGCAAGCGGCUCUAAGAAAAGGAGAUGAUGCAGCUGCUCAAGCCACGAUCCAAUCUUUUACUCGCUUAGCGAAGAAGACCAGGAAAUAUUUCAAGAAGUCUACCAAGAAGGCUGCAUCCGACAAGAUGGUCAUGCUAUUGACCAAGGCAAGAGAGGUAUGCAUCUCUCUGUUGGAGUCCACACUCCAUCUGUUGUCGAAGAAAAUUGAAAUGCCACAACAGUCUCUUGUCUGCAAGGCAUUUUGCAAGAAGAAGGCAGUUGUCUGCAAGGAGGAGCAGUUGCAGGAGUUGGAGUGCAGUAUCGAAGAUCUUCAGAAUGGAGCAGGAAAUCUGUUCAGGAAAUUAGUCCAGAACAGAGUUUCUCUUUUGAACAUUCUUAGCUCAUAGAUUCUCAACAUCACACUGUUCCUUGUGAUUGGCAUCCGCCUUUUUGAGGAUAAGCCUAUCUUGAUACAGUUUUGCCAUAUGUAUACAGUACAAAUGUACAGAAAUUAUAGAAAGAAAGACCAAAGUUUUGAUCCAUCU